AUGAACAUCAAAACAGGAAAGCUUUACGGAAUCUCUAUCUCUCUCAUUCUCAUCAACUUAGCCACACUAAUGCAAAGAGCAGACGAAAAACUCAUCCCUUCGGUUGCCAAAGAUGUGAAAGAAGCGUUCAAUGCAACCCUCUCUGAUAUUGGCUACCUAUCAUUUAUAAGAAACAUUGUUCAAGGACUUGGAUCGCCUCUAGCUGGGUUAUUUGUCAUUACUUAUGAUCGUCCUACAGUUUUCGCAAUCGGUUGUUUUUGUUGGGUCUUAUCAACUGUUGCAGUUGGAGGGAGCCACUUCUUCACCCAGGUUACCGUUGGUGUAGCAUUCAAUGGGUUUGGACAUGCAAUUGUUUAUCCAGUGCUUCAGUCGAUAAUAGCUGAUAGUUUUAAGGAUAGUGCAAGAGGUUUUGGUUUUGGUUUAUGGAAUCUUAUUGGUACGGUUGGAGCUAUAUGUGGAACCGUCCUAGCAACGGUCAUGGCUGGUCAUGAUAUCUUGGGAAUCCCAGGGUGGCGGUGUGCGUUUAUGUUGAUGGCAACAAUGAGUUCAAUGAUAGGGGUUCUAGUUUUUCUCUUUGCCGUUGAUCCAAGGAAAAAUAAAAAUAUCAACUUCGUUUCUCAUCAUGAACGAGAUGAUGAAGUUACGUUUCUUAAAGGGAAAAGCUACGAUGCUGCAACAAAUGAUAUUAUGAGCUCGGUUUGGAUGGAAUCAUGGGUGGCUAUAAAAGAUGUAACCAAGUUACAAACAUUUCAGAUCAUCGUCUUGCAGGGUAUCGUUGGUUUGUUUCCGUGGAAUGCAAUGGUUUUCUGGACAAUGUGGUUCGAACUCAUUGGUUUUGAUCAUAACAAGACAGCAUCUCUGAGCGGGAUUUUCACAACCGGACAAGCAAUAGGAUCUUUGGUUGGAGGAAUUGUUGCAGACAAAAUGUCUCAUAUAUUUCCAAACUCAGGGAGAGUGAUUUGUGCUCAGUUCAGCGUUUUCAUGGGAGCUAUAUUUUCCAUUAUUCUCUUAAGAAUAAUCCCACAGUCCACUAGCAGUUACUACAUCUUCUUGGUCACUCUUUUUCUAAUGGGUCUCACCAUAACUUGGUGUGGACCAGCAAUCAACUCUCCAAUUUUGGCUGAAAUUGUUCCUCCUACGCAUCGAACCAUGAUCUAUGCCUUCGAUCGUGCACUCGAAGUGUCAUUUUCAUCGUUUGGUGCACCUUUGGUUGGCAUUAUGUCGGAGAAGGUUUUUGGGUUUGACGCAAAAAGAAUUGAUAAUAUUAUAGACUCUGGCCGUGAGGCAGAGGCGUUGUCAAAGGGAAUCAUGUGGAUGAUGGCUGUUCCGUUUGGAUUGUGUGGUCUUUGCUAUACACCAUUGCAUUUAAUUUUGAGAAAAGAUCGGAAAAUCGAUAGAACACUGAGUUCAAGGGAGGCUGAGAUGAUAUGA